UUUAAAAUGAAAAAUAAUUAUAAAUAUAAGUGUUACCAUCAUAAUCAACUACUAACAUUCAAUCAAACAAUAUCGAAAUAUAAUCUAUUAGUUAAAAAGAUAUAGAUUUUAUCACUAAAAACAAUUAAGAAUAGUAAAUAAAUUCAGCAUCAAAUAUAAAUGAAAAAUUAUAAUAAUAUAUAUCUUUAAAAAAAAUUUUACAGAUGACAAUUAUCCUAUAGAUUAGAAUUUUUAAAUUAUUUAAUAAUAAUCAUUAAAUAAUCCAUUGCAAGUAAUAAAACUGCCCAGAAUAUAUAUGAAAAGUGGGUCUUUUUACGAAGGUGAAUGGAAAAACGGUUUCAGGCAUGGAAAAGGUAAACAUACAUGGCCUGACGGAACAUUUUAUGAAGGAAAUUGGGAAUAAGAUGAGGCAUAAGGAUUUGGAAAGAUUAUGCAUUUUAAAGGCGAUUUUUAUGAAGGAGAAUGGAAAGAAGAUAAGGCAAAUGGGAAAGGAACUUAUUUGUCAAAUAAUUAAGGAAUUAAAUAUAUAGGGGAAUGGGUAGAUGAUUUAUAGGAUGGAAAAGGAAUUAUUUAUUUUUAAAAUGGAACAUAAUUUCAAGGCGUUUUUUAAUAAGGAUUUAUUAGUGAAAAAGGAACUAUUUUGUUCUAUGAUGGUAGUUCUUAUUUAGGAGAAUUUAAAGAUAAUCAGAUUUCAGGGUAUGGAGAAUAUAAAUGGAAAGAUGGGAAAAUUUAUAAGGGUUAUUGGGAAAAUAAUAAAAUAAAUGGGAAGUAAAAUUUAUUUUUGUUUUUUGCUAUUUUAAUUAUUAAUGUAUGUUUAGUGGAGAAAUGAUAUGGCCGG